GUGGAAACAUAGCUUUGCUUGGCAAAGAAACUGGCGGAUUGAUUGGGCUCAAGGAUUUGUGUCCAAGGCUGCCACAUCACGCGGUGCGCUGAACGGCACUUUCCACCACCCGCUUCUUCGCGCUUUCCCGUCUUUGUGCUUUCAAACCCGUCUAAGCAAUGCGUGAGGCCAUCUGCAUCCACAUUGGUCAGGGCGGUGUCCAGAUUGGCAAUGCUUGCUGGGAGCUCUUCUGCCUUGAGCAUGGCAUCCAGCCGGAUGGCCAGAUGCCCAGCGACAAGACCAUUGGCGGAGGUGAUGAUGCCUUCAACACGUUCUUCUCGGAGACUGGUGCCGGAAAACAUGUGCCACGAUGUGUCAUGGUUGACCUCGAGCCAACUGUCGUCGACGAGGUCCGCACUGGCACCUACCGACAGCUGUUCCACCCUGAGCAGCUGAUCUCCGGAAAAGAAGAUGCCGCCAACAACUUCGCACGUGGCCAUUACACCAUCGGGAAGGAGAUUGUCGACCUGGUCUUGGACAGGAUCAGGAAGUUGGCUGACAACUGCACCGGCUUGCAGGGAUUCUGUGUGUACAACGCUUGCGGCGGUGGCACUGGCUCCGGCCUUGGAUGCCUCAUGUUGGAGCGCCUUUCUGUGGAUUAUGGAAAGAAGAGCAAGAUCUCCUUCACA